AUGCUCCACAGAUCAUCGUUGCGCAUACAGCUCGAGAUUCCCCCGGCGGGCCGUCACAAGCGUCUCAGUCAACAGCCUCAAUCGGCUCUGCUUGCAGGCGGUCUUCUGGCGCCCGCCCUCCCGUCGUCAGUGUUUUCCGUGUUCUCGCCAGACGCAUCUCCGUCGCAUCCGGCUGACCUGGCGACAACGGCUGGACAGGCACACAGCCAGGUCUUCUGCUCCGCGAAGACGCUCGCGUGCGCAGUUGCCGAUUCACGGCGCACACAGGCAAACUCUCAGCGUGACGCCCGUGGACUCGACGUAACGAACACCGGAAAACUCGAUCAGUGCUUGCCAGGGCCGCCGGGUAGAUGUGGCUGUCUCUGUUUUCUCGCGGUCGGAGGAGACAAGUCAUUCCUGGCUGGUCGCUUCGGGGUGCCGGCGCGGAGACGCCGGGGACUUUCGGCUUUUCUGAGUAGCCCACAUGUGCGCCGGCGGUCUUCAGAGCUGCGUGCGGCGCGUCCGUGGCUGGCCUCGGCCUGUGCGCCCGCAGUUCGCGCCGCGUUUGCAGAAGUGAAGGACGAGUCGAAUGCAUUGUCGUGGGGGCCUGAGAGCCUGCGUAUAACCGAUGCGCGAGGUCUGAUAAAGCCGGUGUCGUGGUGUCGAGCCGCGCCAUACUCAUUCCUCUCGGCGGCUGGGUCUCCGUCGCCGCCGUCGGCGUUGGCGGCUGGUCGGCGAGACCUAGCGUCAACAUGCAGCCUCGCAAAUCCGCUGGGGAAACCGCGAAGCGAAUGGUCGACUUGUCGGGUGCACUCGACGCGCGAAACUCAGGCAGCGCCGCCAUCGGCCUCCGUGCUUUCCGUUCCGCCUGCCGCCUCGCCUCCUGAGGCGUCGGAUUCCGCCCUGUUUGCCGCCGCCGCUCCUUUGCCGUCUCACGCUCCGCCUCAGUCGGAGCCCUCACCGCAUGCGCCUGGUUCGCCGGUCGCAGCCAACCGCGCUCAGUUGUUUGAGCUCCUCACAUAUCUCGAAGAUGCCGCUGCUAGAGCUGCGGCAGCUGUAACGCGCGCGGCAGCUGCGACGCGCGGCGAGCAAACCGCCCAAAGCCGUGAGGAACCAGCCUCCGCCGACGGUGACCAGGCCCCGGGCAGCAGCGGGCAGCCCCCCAUGUCUCCGCAAGAGCUUCUCCUGGGACUUGCGGCGCUGGCGCAGUUGACUCUUGAGCGUGGCGAAACAGCGUUUUUGUCUGAUGGAAGGCCAGCGCCGACCGAUGGGGCUGACAGCCUCGCAUCAUUCCAGCACCGCCUCAACGAGCUUCGCAAGCGUCUCGUCGCCCUGGAACGCUACGCCGCGAGCGCAGCGGCAGCGGCGACUCCGCCACCGCUGUCGCAGGCGCUGCCAGAGUCCCAGACGGCGGGCAACGCUGGGACGGGGAUAGUUCCCCCCCACGCAGUUGGUGGACCUGUGAACGUGUACGUGGAGUACGUGCUUUUCCUGAUCCCUAUGUGGGAGCAACGCAGAGAACGCUUGACGCGCGUGACGGCUUGUCGCGACAAAGGCCGGGAGGAGCGAGAGGCCUCCGCGCUGCACGCUCUUCGGGAGUUACGGUCGCUGUUGCGUACUCUGCAGGAGGUCCAAGAAGCGCACAAGCUGCGCCACCUCUUCGUCAAAUAUCUCGGGAUGAUGCAGCAGGCCUCUGCGACAACGCCUGAAAGAGCCACGCACGGCGCCACGACAGAAGCAACCGAAGCACGGAGAAGGAACAACGCAGGCCAGACCGGUCAGGACCACGGUACAGACAUCCUGUGCCGGAUACGUGCCUUCGUGGAACACGGGCGGCGCCUGCUGGGUAACUCCGACAAGGGCAUCGCCACGACAGAGGAAGCAGCACAGAAGCCGAAAAAGGCCCGCGAGAAGCUCUCGAGAGAACGAGGAGACAGCCGCCGCGAGCGGACGCCUGCGUCUCCAGGCGGCAGCGGGGGACACGCGGCCGAGCGUCUGGGUUACCAUGCCGUCCUCCAGCCUUCUCCUCCGCUGUGUCCGUCUGAGUUGCGGCGCAUCGCCCUCGACCUUCUCGAGCUAGGACUUCGUACGCCUCACGUCGAGAGAGAACUGGAACAGCUUCGGGCGUUCACACGCCGCAACGCCCCGGAUCCAGCGUUUGACUCUUGCGGAGACUUCGGCGAAUACGACCCCGGAGCUGAGGGCUCUUCCGCUGCAUCUCCGCCGCGGCCCGCAGAUGCAUCCGACGCUUCCGAUGCGUGGGCGCACGCCGAACGAGACCUCCAGUUUGUUCUGUUGCGCAGCUACGCAAGAGAGGGCCGCUGGCGAGAAGCUUCGAAGAAGUUGGCGCUCCUCGUUCAACUUUUUGCCUCGACCUCUGCGCGUGAACGCGCAGAGAAACAAUACGACGAACAGGAGACCUGGGAGAGGACUCUCUACGCCGCGUCGGCGCUGGUGGUGGAGGCAUGCGCUGAGAAAGAACAGUACGUCGCAGCUGCUCAGGCUCUGGCUCUGCUUCCGUCCUCCAUGCGCCAGCCGCCCGCGACUCUCCUUCUCCCUUCUUCGUCUUCGUCGCCCUCGCCGACUGUCGCCGCUUCACUUCUGCCUCUUGAGCCUUCGCCUUUACUUCCGCUUUCUCUCUCGCUGGGCCACGCACUGCGCCGGCAGCUGCGCGAGCGCCUGCAUGCAUGUCCUGCUUCUCCUUGGACUUCCGUCUCAGCCCGAGCCGCUGCAGCGGCGGCGUCGGAUCUUUCGCUGGCGGCCUCGCCUCUGCAGUUUUCGGCGACGUCCUGUCGUUCGCUUCUUCGCAACGAAACAUUCGAUGCCUUGCGACAGCAGUCUCGGGGCGAGAAAGCAACGCACGCGCAGCGCACCCUCCUGGAUCGCGUCCUCCUUUCUCCCUCGGCUCGCCAGACGGUUCCGCUUCUCGACGCGCUGCGGUUCGUUCUCCUGAAACUCAGAGGGUGGAUCGACGCCGUCAAGAAGGAUCAGGCUGCUGCGGGGGGAAUCGCACGAGGCGCCUCCGGUGACCCGGGGGCAGUGGCGCAGAGCAGGGCGCACGAGGACGCUGACAGCACAUCGUCUGAAAUUGACUUGGACACCCAGAUGCGCACUAAAGACGCGAACGCGUUGCUGUCCUCAGAUGCGUUUGUAAAGAGAGUGGAAGGUGAGGUCGGAGCCUUAGAGGACUUUCUCGCCACUGCGGAGUUGCAUCUCGGCUCGCACCCCGAACCGCAGAUUGCGCAGGAUAAGCGAGAGGCUCCCGAUGAGAGCGCGAGCGUGCCGUCGGAGGCCCCUGAUGAACGCGGGGAAGGACACGAGGCCGCCGGCCCUCUAGAAGCGGCUGUGGAACGUCUGGAUCUAUUUCUAGAAUCACAGGCUGCCGUCCGCCAGAGACGGAAGGCCGUGGACGUGUAUCAGGAAAACGGCGUGCAUGAGCAGAGCCCUGAAUGGACUCUGCGAAUGCUGCGGCAAGCUUCAGACAUUCGCGAGCUGCCGCGGCUCGUGCAGGCUCUGGUGCAGAAGACAGAGGACGAUCCCGCUGUCUCGGAUGGGGAGUCACCGGACGGCAUGAAACGAAGGCGCAGGCACGCUGUGUCGCCGACCCAUAUGCAAUUUGCAACCCUUGAGGCGCUGCGUUUGUUCCAUGAACGCCCCACUGGCAAUGAGUCUCAGUCGGGAGACCAAGGUUCAGCGAAGGACGUGGAAGAAGCUGGCCUAGAGUCCCUCGACGACCUCCUCCAUGGCCUGCUUCCCGACUAUAGGCUGCCGCUGCAUGCGAGGUCGCGGCGGUCUGCGCCGGCUUCGCAACAGCAGCUGGGAAGCGAGUGGAGCGACGACCUCCAGGUGACCGUGGGCUUCGUGGAUACCGCAAUUUCGCUUGCGUCGCUUGGCCAGUUUUCGAGACUCCACCGGUUCCUCUUUUCGCUGCCUCGGCAGCCCUUCGACCUGUCACAGCUCAUGAUGCCCCCUUCGUCCCCUGUGUCAGUUGCGGCGAACCGGCCCUCGUCUCUGGCCUCGCUCUCUGCGUCGUCACUGGUGCCUGCGCUGUCACCGGGCCUCCCGCUUCACCUGCUACCCAAGCUCGCGGCGGUGCUGACGCUCUUGUCGUGCUACAAAGCGAACGCCGGUUCUCCCAGUCAGACAGGCCGCUUUGCCGACGCUGGGAGAUUUCUUGUCUUUGCUGUCAACAUCGUGCGUGAUACCCCCGAGCUCCUCAGCCUCUCGCCGGAACUGCAGACAUAUCUCCCUGCGUCGCUCUCUUUCUUCGUUGCGCACGUUCGCCACGCGCUGCAAACAGCCGCGGCUGGGUCGGCGCCGCCUCUGUUUGACCUUGAACGCGGGAAGCAAACAAAGGCGUUGAGCAGCGCCAGAGAAUCAGACAUCACGCAGGAGACCUCGCCGGCGCUCGCAGCGGCUCUAAGCGCGAUAAACGAGAUGGAGAGAAGGGAGCCGGAGCGAGCAAGAGACGAGAUCGAGGACGCGAUACAGAAGGGAAACCGCAUGGCGGUCUUCGCGAAGAUCCUCGAGCUGGUUGUGGCCGUGCGGGGGCAGACACGGAGGCUGAUGGAGACUCUGAGCUGCGACGGGGAAGGCGUCGGCGAGGCUGGGCGACGAGGCGGAGGAGAAUGCACCAGACCUAGAGCGCGACGGGACAACGAUCGUGUCUUGGCGAGAGAAAGGCGACGAAUUGUCACAGUAUAUUGCCAGGUGUUGAGGGCCCUUCAGAGCGACGGCUCCUACCCACUUGCCCUGGCGGAACUUCUCUUCGCCGAGCUUCGCAUUUGCGAUCUGAAGACGCAAAACCGUCACCUGCUGCGGUCGCCGUCCUCCGCGUCCGUGGCACGAGGUGACUCGAGCUCACUACAGCGUUCCUCAGGCCCGCCGUCGUUCCUCUCACGCGCCUACGUAGCCGCCUUGCGAGGGUUUUCAGCCUUCACGUCCGCGGCCGACAGUCUAGCUGCUGCCCCUGGCGAGAGGCGCCGUGGGUCGCUAGCUGCGGAAGGAGGCGCGGAAGCUGCAAUGGAGAUUCUGGAACUCAUGGAAGACACUGGGGUAGAUCUGCACGCGGCGGCCUUCGCUGCGGCCCUCAAGGCAACUAGCAAGCGCGCCUCGCCGUCGUUUUUCCCUGCCUUCUUUGGACGGCGGAGGUCCUCGCCACUGGUCGACACGCUGCUGCUCAUCCACCGGAUGACCCGGGCGCACGCGUGUCUGCCUGACGUCCGCUGCUUCAACUACGCCGUCGCGUCCGCAGCCCGCCAGAGCUACCUGCCUUCCUCUUCUCACUGGCUGGCGCCGCCUGCGGCCUUUCCACGGGCAGGCGAGACUGCGGCGCAGCCUGCCGAGGCCUCGCAGUUUGUGGCGUGGGCAAGCGGCGCGAACGGGAGGACGGCUGACCGAGGAGACGCCACUGAUGCAGAAGACGCGGCGGAGGCCCAGGACGAAACAGCGCUUGCCCAGAGCGGCGACGACGGCGCUGUCGCUGCAGAGUGGCUCCUGAGGGAAAUGAUGAGGACGAAAGAUCACGCCAAACCCAACGCGGUGACGCUCACUACUGCGUUAGAUGCAUUCAAGAAGGCGGGCAUGGCUCCUUCGCCACUCCUUCAGUCGCUGAUUCCCGAAGAGCCGUCGCUUGCGGCCUCAGCGCUGAGUGCCCUCUCGGGCGGCGACGACGCCUCGCCCGCGUCCUUCUCUUCUAAUUCCUCUUCCCAAGCCGACGCCACGCAGGCGGGAACGUCGCGUUCUCUGGCGUCACCCUCGGCCUCUCUGCCCGCGCGAGACGCCACGAAAGCUGUGAGGGUGAUCGACACGCCGCUGCUAAACGCCCUGCUCCGGUGCCAAGCCGAGUGGGGGGAUGUUGAGACAGCUGAGAAGCUCUUCCUCGCGCAUCUGCGCAGCCUCCAGAUGUUUCACUCUGGGCAAAACGCCUUCGACCAAAAGUCCGCGCGCCUCGGGCGCCCCGACGAAGACUCCUUUCAGGCGCUUCUCUUCGCGGCAAACAAAGCGGCCAGCCCGCAGAAGGCCGAGCAAUUUCUGCGGCUCCAGACUCUCUACCAAGUGCCCCUCCGCAUUCAGCAGUGGAACGAGCUUCUCAAGGCGUACGCGGCUCGGCUGCGCGAGAUAGCGGAGGGGAAGACUGCGCCACGCAGGCCGCCCGCGAGGAUUCAGGGUUGCUCGGAUCUUUUUCGGAUUUCCUCGCUGGCUGGCCUAACAGACGCUCCCGCGCAGGACGCGAAGCAGCCUGGGGUCGCGGGAGAGACGCGGGGAGACGACGGUGGCGAGCCAGCGACGGAGGAAGAGGUGCGGCGGUUGGUAGAUCGGCUCAUCGAGAUCUACGCCUCGCUCAAGGCCUCUGGGCCUUCCCCGGAUGUGCGGACGCUCUCUGUCUUGAAUCGUGCUUUCUCCGCCGCUGCGGCCGCCGUACGGGCCCUGGGUGACGCUGACGCGCCAGAAGAUGCAGAGCCACGCGACUUGAACGCACGUGGAGAAAUGUCACGAGAUGCAGAGCAACAGGCGCCACGGGAGCAGGCGGCGGCUCCUGCGCCGGGCUCGACCCUGGCCUCGCUCCUGUCGAGAAUCGCACAGACGUCUCGAGAAGUCGCAAAUGACUACGCAUCGACGCUCGUUUCGCGGCGUGAGCCAGCGGCCGACUUGCGCCCGUCUUCCCCCUCGUCUUUCCAGUCCGCAUCUGGCGCGACGUCGCAGGGUGGGCUUUCCUCCUUCAGGCCUUGGAUUUUCGGCGAAGCCAUGCGGAGUGCGCACCUGGCGUUCGACCACCGUGCCGUCAUCAACAUUUUUCUCGACUCCCUUCUCCCCGUCCGGACGCGGCUGCUGCGCAGGGACGCGAGAGGAGACAGCCGAAGCGAGGCGCCGACGCCGGGAGCCUCGAAGAACCGGAGGGGCGAGGUGGGGGGAAGCGGAGGGCUGCGCGUCUCUGCAGAGACGCCAGCGCCCGCGACCAGUGCCGCCGAGGAACUGGAGGGAGCCGAAGACAGAGAGGAGGGAGCGGAUCUCACAAAAUGUGCAGAAGAGGAAGCCAGCGGAUCGGCGGAUGACGCAGAGGAAAGCGAGGAACGUGAGGGAGAGGGAGAAGAAGACGACGCGCGUCGCCGACUGCCUCUGCCGGUCUCGAUCGGACAAGUCCUGAUCCAGGGGCUGGAGGGCGUUGCGGCAGAGAGAUUAGACAUCCUGCGCUUUUCAGAAAAGAAAAAACGAGAGCGGAAACGCGUUCUCGAGGACCUCGGCGUGUCCGGAUGGGAGAAAAGCAAGAAGGAACAGGAGAGGGACGAACGCAUUCAACGGUUAACUUCGCUGAUGAAGCGAGGGUUCGCUGCCCUAAGGCGCGAGUGGCCCCGUCUUGCCCCCGACCUCGAGGAGACACUGUGGGGUUUCGAAGAGACACUCGACAGUGCCGAAGAAGGGGGCGCCGAGGAACAACGCGACGGCCGGGCGGAAGGAGCCGGCGCACUGUACGAGAGGCACAGAGGAGAAAGCCAAGCGAGCGAACACUUAGGAGCGGGGGGAGAGGGAAAGGAAACGAGCCGGAUUCUUCUUGCGCGGUUGCCUCGAGGUCUUUUCAAUAUGCCCGAUGGCGACGACAGGAAAACGUACCACAGGAACCAGAACGCCGCUAGAGCCACUCCGGAGGAGCAGACAUGCAGGGCGGAUGAUGACACACAGGCGAGUUCCGACUCGCAGGAGAGCGGCAGCGCAGAGGAGCGAGCCAUUGCAUGGAAGCAGAAGAAAGUCGCGCUCGCUCCCGGGUUUGCGGCCAAACGAAGCCUGCUCAGCGAACUCCGGAGAGCGAACUCCUUUCAGGAUGCCUUGUCUGCCGCCCGCCGCCUGUGGCUCCUACGCCAGCAACAUCCUGGCCUUUCCCUCGGGCCUGGCGACGAAGCCGUCGUGUUCCGAAGCCUCGUCCGACAAGCAGGUCGACCGGUGGAGGCGCUUUGUGCAUUCCGCCUGAUAAACGGAGAAGACGCCGACAACGCCGCGAAGCCUUCGCCUCUGUCUUCGCCGAACGGAGCGCCGGCUCUCGCGUCCUGCACGCUGUCAACUUCUUCGCCUUCUUCCGCUUCAUUUUUUUCCUCUGCGAACUCCACAAACUCUGCGCAUAACGGUUCUCUCAGCUCGGCGCCAUCUUCCGCGGCGUACCACUCGCCUGCUGGCGCCCCGCUUCCACGUGGCCUCCUGCAAGAGGCGCUUCGUUCGGCACUCCGACAGUCGCGCGUGGGGGCCGGCGACUUGGUGGCUGAAGUGCUCCCCUUUCUUGUCGAGGCCCCGUACUCCGCACACGCGCUGCUGACGCCUGCGCUCGCUCUGGAGGCCCUCGAGGUCUUGGGGGGCCCCACAUUGGAGACAGCGCGAGCGGCAGACCAGCGCGAAGAGGCGGAACGGCGCAAGCGCGACAGCCGCGCGAUUCUCGCCUUCGUGCAGAAAUUCAAGCAGGCGCUGCGGGUGCGGCAGCAUGGAGAAGCAGGAAAGACCGAGGCAGCGCGAGAGAUCGGCCGCGAGGACCUGGAGGAAGCCGCCAUCAAGGCCCUUGGCGAACGAGGUGGUUGGCGCGAGGCGAUAGCGCUUCUUCUCGAGCGUCUGUCUGCGUCGCCUCCGCCACCUGUCUGGUGGGAAGCCGCGGUGCUCGCCGCAGAGCGCGGCAAGCAGCCGGAGGUCGCGAAGGCAUUGCGGCGGCUCACGCGCUUCAAAUACGCGGUGAAGCGGGUCGCGAAACCCCCGCCGCCCACGCCUGAGAGCCUGAUCGAGAAGGCGAAGGCUCUGCUGGCUGAGGAGCUCGAGCAGGAGAAAGAACGCGAGAGAGAGCUCGCCAGGAUUCGCCGAGAGAUGGGCCGCGAACUCGCAUUUGGCGUCGAGGGCGCGCCGGCGAAACCGAGCCCAUCCGCGAAGAAGCAGAAGCGGCACAGGAAGUGCGAAAGAGAGUCGGAAGACGACGCGGAGAGUGCAUAUCCAAGCGACGAGGAUGAGGGAGAGGAGGAGGACGAUGAGCUGCUAGAGGGAGGAGUGCGCAGUCCAUUUGGCGAAGAGGUCGCAAGAUACUCCGUCGUCUAUAAACUUGAAAAUCUCCUCAGCGUCAAGGAGGAAGAAGAAGACCCACAGCUACUCUACGGCAAGAAACCAAAGCGGAACAAAGCGAAGCCGCGAUCCAAACGGCAGGAAUACGAAGACGACGGUAGCUUGUGA